AAUAAUAUCUUUUAAGUGCAAACAACUGAAUGCAUAAUUAAGAGGAACAAUAAAAUCCAAAAAAAAUCUAUAAAAACUAUAUUUUUUACGUCUGAAAAAAUGCUCCAAUUCUUCAUUUAUUAAUUUUCUCCACGAAUUGCAAUGCAAACCAAAUCGUAACUCAAAAAAUUUAAAGUUUGUUUCGUUAUAUGAUUAUUAGUCUCACUCAUCGGUGGUAAUGGAGGAGAUCUAUAUAAUUAAGCUGAAAGGUCUGCCGGCGUCGAGUCAGGAGUCGUUGCGCGACAAUAAGGCCUCGUUUUACUACCGAAAAGACCUGACAGGAGAGGCGCUGUUGGGCUUCGGGUUAAUGCAUGCGUUGAUUGGCGCCACUCUUAUUGUCUUAACGGUCAUCAAUUUGUUACGCGUCGUCUUGACGUCCCCACCAUUGCUCGGAUCAGGUCUUUGGUGCGGCGCUAUCUUUGUGGUGACCGGUCUUAUGGCUGUCAUCACUGCCCACAAGAGGAAGACUGAUAUUUCAAAGUCCAAGAUUCAAGUGAAGAUAUUUUUCGUGCUAUCGAUUGUCACAUCAUUGUUGACCAUAACGUAUCUCAUUCUUAUGGCUUGU